AAAGCACAACGCUCUUCUGCAAGGCAGCAACAGAGGUCUGGCACGACAUCCUCAGUCUCCAGCCAUGGCGUAUGACAACCCUGCUGCUAUUGACAGACCUGUAGCCUUCACAGCCAAGCUGAACAUCGACGACAGCUACCCACAGCAGCCUGGAAUCCUCAAGUUUGCCACCGUGCUGCUCAACGAGGGAGGAGGCUACAGUCCCAACACGGGCGUCUUCACCUGCCCCACGGACGGCCUGUAUCACUUCAUGGUGCACAUGACAGUGUACGGACGCGGGCAGUGUGCUCUGCUCAAGAACGGAGAGAAAGUAGUGUCUCUGUAUCACGUCAAUGAGCCAGAUUUACUCACUUAUAACAGUAGUCAAGUGAGCAGCAUGAGCAGCUUGGUCAGACUGUCUAAGAGAGAUGAGGUCUGGAUUAAUUUAUGGGGUGAGGGUCGAAUGGACAUCUUUGCAACAGAGGAUAAUGAUACUAUCUUCACUGGGUUUUAUUUGAGAUAGAGGUGUCUGUAUCAUAUGUGACGUUCAUGGCUGUGCUCCUCCUCGUACAGCAUCUUAGCGAUUGUAUGGAUUGUAUGUUAUUUCAAAUUUCAAGUGCUGCAUGUCUGAAAUUAAAUAAAAUAUCAUGAAUGGAUCACUA